AAAUCGGGCUGUGAAUUUAGUCGUUUGCCGCUGCUCUCGGUGAAAUGUUGAACAUACUGCUCUUCUGGUUUUUACUCCACAUAUUUGGCCUCAUCCAAGGGCGUUCUGUGGGUGAAGGGUUUGAGAGCUUGGACGACGAGUUUUUGAUGCCCCAGCCAGAUUCCACUAUAUUUGCCUAUAAUCAAACUGAUAAGGAAUUACCCUGGGACCUCACCUGGAACUGAAUACAUACAUAUUUGUAAAUAAAGUGACUUGUAAUUGUAUAAACAUA